AGGGCUCAUAGCGCAGAUUCAGACUACACACAAGCAGCUCUCAGGACUUCUGAAGUCUCAAGCUCCUAGUAUUGUGACGCUGUCUAUUUCGAGGAGUUGUAUUUUUCUUACAACCGAGACUAUGCAUCCCAGAAACGUGAGGCUGUUUAUCAUCGGUCUCCUCUGCAUUACUCAUCCCUCUCUCCAGCAGUCCUCCAACAAAAAGAAGAAAGAUGGGUCUAAUUCAGUAGCAAUUGAGGAGCUGAAGAAGCAGGUUGAUAACAUUGUGAUUGAGCUGAACUUGCUGAAGGAACAACAAGCCUUACAGACAGUCUGUCUGAAGGGCAUCAAGGUCCCCGGCAAGUGCUUCUUAUCGGACGCCACAAAGAAGAACUUCCACGCCGCCAACGAAGCCUGCAUGGCCAAGGGAGGGGUCCUCAGCACUCCGCUGUCGGGAGCGGAGAACGACAAACUUCACGAGUACGCCCGGCAGACCGUCGGGGCAGAGGAGCACAUCUGGCUGGGCAUCAACGACAUGGUCACCGAGGGAAUUUGGCUGGACCAGGGCGGCAACGCGCUGCGCUUUAAAAACUGGGAGAUGGAGAUCACCCACCAACCGGACGGGGGGCGCUCCCACAACUGCGCCACCCUAUCCCACACCACCGGGAGAUGGUUUGACGAGAGCUGUCGGGCUGAAAGAGCCUUUGUGUGCGAAUUUAAUAUAGUGUGACCUUACUAGGCCACCUCGGUUCACUGACUUAACCACCGCAAGUUCAUACAGUAUAUUAUCAGUAUCGGUGCAUUGAGAAUAUGUAGAGUUCAAGCAUGGUAUAUUGUUGGUUAAAACUAUACUAUACUACUACAGUAUUUUGCUUCACCUUUAUUUGAUUUUGAAGAAUAAAGAUUGGAUAAGCGAUCAAGCAUAAGAGUGCUCCAACAGAUGAAAUGUUACAUGCCUGUGUGGGUGAUGGAGACUAGUAUUAUAUGAGGGGGUGCAGAACUAGACUUGUGAAGAAAGCUGUUGAUGAGCAGGCCACCGAAUAAAGAGUAAUCACUAUUAUGCAUCAUGUGGGAAACAGAAGGAUCUGUCUGCAUGCAAUUUCUUUAUUAUUUUAAAGAAAAAACAAAUGUUUAACAAACCAUAUGUUGUCUUGAAUGAUGUAAGUAACAUUUUCAAUAAAACCGCAACACAGCAUGGAA